AUGUUUGCGACACUCGUUCCCUUUUGUUUUUCGACGAUAUUUGUUUCAUUGACGUUUACUAAACUGGUCCACCUUUCCAUCCACGCCAAGACAAUCUCUCCCGGCGCCUUCGUCCUUUUUCUGCCCUCGCUUUUACUUCCUGAUGUUUUAGUCAUUCUCCUGUCGCGCCUGGCGCUGCGGCAGCAAAAGGGCGUUUUCUCUGUUGGGGCUUGUGUAUUGGGCUGCAUAUUCUCAUUUAUUCUUCUCGGCGCAUCGGCUUCACAACUGGGCUUCUUUUAUUCGACGGGCAACGAGGUUAAAUGGUCUGAGGCGUUGAGCUACGCUGGCGAUAAAGAUGGAAUGAAGAUUCUUCUUAGUGGGCUUAACUCUGUCCUUGCGGCGGGAGCUCUCAUCGUCGUCGUGGCUUGGGUUGCCAAGUGGUUUCUCUACAGGGCUGUCGGUUCAUUAAUUGCAACGGUUGGAAUGCCUGUUGUACAUGCUUGGCAGUGGUUCCGACACAGAAACGGUCGAUCCCCUCAGUCACUAGCUUAUGACUCCGACAGCGAACUCGACGAAGACCUCGAAGGCGGCAAAGAAGGUGCACGACUCAUUCCCGAUACUCACGAAGAACAUCGAACAAGACCUCGAACAUGGAUUAUCCUCGCCAUCAUUUCUGUCUUCCUCUUCCUUACGACGACUCUACGACCUGCCGCCCCAUACACCAUGAUGUCCAUGACUCUCCCCGCCGCUAUGCUAGAAAUGUUCAAGUCUCCGGCCAAGCUGUGUAACAAUGUCGAAGGCGGAUGGCCUCUCCCUGAUCUCAUCACUCCCGAUAACUGGGAGGAGCCCAAUGGACGCUUCCCCGGAUGGACACCUGGUAACGACGGCGCGGCUGCACAAAAGUACAGAAACACCAUCCCCGAAUGGCUACCCAGCGACGUCCCCGCCGGCUUCAACAAGUGGCUUAUCGAGCCCAACAAGACCGCGGAUGAGGAACCUGCAGCAAGCCCCAGCAAUGCCUGCGAAGUCCCAAAAGCCGACGGCACCUUCUACAACCCCGUUCUCGACCCUCUCAAGAUCUCCAACCUCGACACCGACAUCAUUGAUGUUAUCCGCGACACCCUCAAGGGCGGCGACGUCAAGAUCAAGCACGUGGCACUAAUCAUGAUGGAGAGCUACCGCGAGGAACUCUUCCCUCUGCAGCAGGGCUCCGACUAUCACAAGCUCAUGGUCAAGUCGCACAAGGGCGAAGACAUUGACGAGAUCAACGAGAAGCUCUCUCGCAUGAGCCCAGUCGCCGAGAGACUCACCGGCAAGUCAGGAAACUGGAAGAGAAAGGAUGGCUCGGAUUUUGAACACGUGGCUAUCCCGCAGUGGAACGAUACAGCGCAGGAGGGGUACGGAGGCAUCAACGUUGUAGGCGGUUUCACAACGUCUUCGCUGUCGUUCAAGAGCAUGGCUGCGAUCCACUGUGGCGCUUGGUCCAUGCCUGUCGACGGCUUCGAGGAGUCGGAGACAGAUGCGUACCAAGCUUGUAUUCCCCAGGUGUUCAACCUCUUCAAUAAGCUCAAGGAUGAUAAGAAGUCAAAGUCGAAGUCGAAAUGGAAGUCGAACUCGGAAGAUUUCUUAGAGCAACAGUGGUACCCCGCCUUCUUCCAGUCUAUCACCGAUGGUUAUGAUCGUCAGGAUAAGUUUGACGACAAGAUCGGUUUUGAGCAUAUCGUUACACGAGGCCGUCUGGAAGAUGAUCGCAAGAAGGGCGAAGAACUCGAGGAGAUUAAUUACUUCGGUUUCCCUGAGACGACGCUCAAGGGUCACAUUGAGGAUUACCUGAAGGAGGUCAAGGAGAAGGGCAAGCGUAUGUUCUUUUCUCACUUCACCAGCACGACACAUCAUCCUUGGGGCGUACCGAAAUCAUUCGAGAAGACAGACUUUCUCAACACCGAGGGCAAGAUGGGCUGGCACUCGGAGUUCAACGACUAUCUCAACGCCAUGCGAUUCACCGACGCCUGGCUAGGCGAGUUACUUCAGACAUUCGAUAACCACGGUCUUACAAAUGAGACAUUGGUGGUCUUUGUUGGCGAUCAUGGACAGGCUUUCAAGGAGGAUCAAAAGUCCAAGACAGGAACCUACGAGAACGGCCACGUUAGCAACUUCCGCGUCCCCAUCACAUUCCGCCAUCCUCACAUCCCCCGCGUUCAAUACAACGCCAACGCAACAUCUCUCUCCAUCCUCCCCACCAUCCUCGACCUUCUCAUCAACACAGGCUCCCUCAACGAAAAGGACCAAAACGCCGCUGAGGACCUCAUCCACGAUUACGAGGGCCAGUCCCUUAUCCGCCCCUACAAAACAAAGCAUAACGGCCGCCGCGCCUGGAACUUUGGCAUCAUCAAUGGAGGAGCUAGCAUGUUGUCGAUGACAUCUGCAGAUGCGCCGUGGCGAAUUGUCAUUCCGCUUGAUGACUCUACACAAUAUAGAUUCACGGAUCUUAAGAACGAUCCGUUAGAGAAGAAGCCGCUUGAGAAGUGGACGCUUGAGCAGUUGACGCGUGCUGUUCGGAGUAAGUUUGGGGAGGAGGCUUCGAAAUGGGCUGCUGAGGCGGAUGCUGUGUCUAAGUGGUGGGGACCUGAGAGGAAGAGAUUAUGGGGAUAUAAUCCUUCGCAUAAGGAAGAUUGA